GUUAUUUGAAAGAGAAAUCAAAUUGUCAUUAAAAUGGUAAAACUAAUUGUUACUUGUGUUUUAAUUACCAUCAUUGGCUCAGCAUUUGCUGAUCCUGAUCGACCAGGUAAAUACCUUGAACAUGAUCGAACCGUAAUUAGCUGUGCUAAAUACAAACGAGAAGCCAAUCAACAUCAAUGUGUCCUCUCACCUUUCAACACCGAAGGUCCAUUUUACCUUCCUGAUGACCACGAGCGAUCUGAUAUUACCGAUGGUCAAUCUGGUAUCUAUUUAGACCUUAACAUCAACGUGGUAAACUCAAACGAUUGUAAUCCAAUGGAAAACAUGUAUGUCCACAUUUGGCAUACAAAUGCCACAGGUAAAUACUCAGGUGUCAACAAUGGAGGAAGUGGACCACCACCACCACAUUCAAUUGGUCAAGGUGGACAUCACGGAGGACCAGGUAACGAUAGACGACCACCCGGAGGACCAGGAGGACCAGGAGGACCUGGUGGACUCGGUGAACGAGAACCUGGUAUGGGAGGACAUGGUGGAAGACCAACUCCCGUUUCCGACGAACGAUUCCUUCGAGGUUACCAAGUGACCGAUUCAAAUGGUCAAGUUAACUUUAGAACUGUUAUUCCUGGUUGGUAUACUGGACGUUGCCUUCACAUUCACAUUGAAGUUUAUCCCAAAAACUCAACUGAACAAGCUGACAUCUUAUACGUUGGUCAAAUUUUCUUCAAGAGCGAACUACCCAGUGAACUUAAGCUAAUUGACCCCUACUCGACCAAUACCCAACGAAUCACCCUCAAUGAAAACGACGGAAUCUACCGAAACCAUGGUAAUGAAACAAUUCUUGAUUUGGUCAGCAAAGGAGCUGAUUAUAAAUCAUCAAUCACCUUUGGUAUUGACCCUACAGCUAAAGUUACUCGCCAUUAAUUUUGUAAACCAAAUGAGUUAAUAAUUUUUUUCCAUUAAAAUCAAUAAGCAUAAUUAAGCAAA